AUGUCUGCGCCAGGGAAAGGCGCCGGCCGCGUGCCCACUGGCUUCGCCGCCGAGACGUACAUCAGCGACCACACAUUCCGCCAGGCACACCGAGCAAUACAAGGAGGGCAAGCGUCCAAGAAGAGGAAGAGAGAGGCCAAGGGCGACUCUGCUGUCGUCACGGGCGCAUCCGCAUACAAGGGACCAUGGGCGCGGUACGAGGAAGAGCGGCCAGACGCAGCUUCGGACGACGAGUUCGGCAGCGACGAGGAGGUCGAGGUCAUAUACGAGGAAGACGACAUUGAGGAGAACCCAGACGCCGCGCCGCACAAGCUCGCAGGCACCGACUACCACGACACCGAGGCCGAGGCCGAGACCACCGAGUUCAAGGGCAGCGAGCAGUACGACUACCAAGGGCGGACCUACAUGCACGUGCCUACCGACCUCGAUGUCAAGCUCACCGGAGAGUACGAGCCGAAGAACUUCAUCCCCAAGAAGCUCGUGCACACGUACAAGUACCACACCAAGUCCAUCACGCAGGUGCGCUUCAUCCCAGACAGCGGCCAUCUCCUGCUCUCUGCUUCUGCAGACUCCAAGAUUGCUCUCUGGGACGUAUACCACCAGCGCGAGCUUCUCCGAACCUACUCCGGCCACACCAAGUCCGUCAACGACAUCGACUUCAACCCGUCUGGCACGCAGUUCAUAUCCGCGAGCUACGACCGCUACAUGAAGCUGUGGGACACCGAGACCGGCAAAUGCCUCAACAAAUUCACAACCGGCAAGACGCCGCACGUCGUCCGCAUCAACCCUUCCACGCCGCACGAGUUCCUCGCCGGCAUGAGCGACAAGAAGAUCCUGCAGUACGACACGCGCAGCGGCGAAAUGGUCCAGGAAUACGACCACCACCUGGGCCCCGUCAACACCAUCGUCUUCUGCGACGAGAACCGCCGCUUCGUCACCACCUCCGACGACAAAUCUCUGCGCGCCUGGGAGUACGGCAUCCCCGUCCCCAUCAAGUUCAUCGCGGAGCCGUACAUGUUCUCCAUGGUGCGCGCUGCCCCGCACCCGAGCGGGAAAUACGCCGCCUUCCAGUCGUCCGACAACCAGAUUACCGUCUACUCGACCAGCGACCGCUUCCGCCAGAACAGGAAGAAGAGCUACCGCGGCCACAACGUCGCUGGCUACGCCCCAGACGUCGCCAUCAGCCCGGACGGCCAGUUUGUCUCCUCGGGCGACAGCGGCGGCUACGUGUGCUUCUGGGACUGGAAGUCGUGCAAGAUGUGGCACAAGAUCCAGGCCAGCGACGCCCCGGUGCUGGCUGUGCAGUGGCAUCCGCGCGAGACCUCCAAGGUCAUCACCGGCGACCUGAACGGCGUGCUGAAGUUCUGGGACUGA